AUGGCGGCGCGGCGCGGCGCGCUGAUCGCGCUGGAGGGCGUGGACCGCGCCGGGAAGAGCACGCAGGGCCGGCGGCUGGUGGAGGCCCUGCGGAAGGCCGGGCACCGCGCCGACCUCCUCCGCUUCCCGGACAGAACCACAGAGAUUGGGCAGCUGAUCAGCUCCUACCUGGGGAGGGAGAAGAACCUGGAGGACCACACCAUUCACCUGCUCUUCUCUGCCAACCGCUGGGAACAUGUACCGAUGAUGAAAGAGAAACUACAUCAAGGGAUCACGAUCGUGGUUGACAGAUACGCCUUCUCUGGAGUGGCCUUCACAAGUGCCAAAGGGAACUUCUGCCUGGACUGGUGCAAACAGCCUGAUGUUGGACUCCCAAAGCCAGACCUGAUCCUGUUCCUUCAGUUAAGCCCGGAAGAAGCAGCAGAACGAGGGAACUUUGGACAUGAGCGUUACGAGACCAGCUCCUUCCAAGAGAAAGUUCUUCAGUCCUUCUAUUACCUAAUGGAGGACAAGACGCUAAACUGGAAGACAGUGAAUGCUUCAAAGAGCAUUGAAGACUUGCACAGAGAAAUCAAGUCCAUUGCAGAGGAAACUAUGCAGGAGGUUCAGAAUAAACCUUUGGGAGAACUCUGGAAAUGAAACUUCAUACAUGUCUAAAAGAGUAAGGGAGAGGUCACUUCUUGGAUCUUCUGCAGAUCCUGUGUAUUCUUUUGGGUCCAACAUGCUUGCUGAUGUCCUUGUCACUAUCUGCUCCUCCAUUCUGCAUUUUUUAAAUGAAUAUGCCAUGAGUGUGUAUCAAAUUCCUUGUCAGAAUCUCCCUCUCCCAAGCAGGAGCUGCUGUUACAGCUCCCGUCCUGGAGUGCAGAUGUGGGUGUGGAGCUCAGGGCCAUCCCUGGAGACAGACAGUUCUCAUUUUUAGGGAAUUGCCAUGUUUCUGACCAUUCUUCCUCUCUAGUAAAUGCAUCCCCUCCCAUACUCAAACCAGUUUGUAGAGGAUUUGCUAAUAAAUUGUUCUUUUAAGCA